GGCAUUGCCAUUGCCCGCGCAGAGCUAAUGGUCGGUUGUUUUUGGCAUUGGUCGCAUUUUAAAAGUAAGCAGAAAGCGAUAAGCAUUAUUGGAAAUUUCGUGAUCAAAAUAUUCAACGACAACAACAACAAUCUUGUCGAAUACAAAAAAAACAUUGUUUGAAUAUGCUUCGCGCGAAAGUUGCAAAAAAAAAAACAUCGUCGGAAUUGCCUGUAACAAAUGGCAAUGAUGCUUCAUCCUCGUCUGUAGCAGAAGAGGGGGCCGCUAAUGUCGCAGAUGAUACUAAACAGGCUGCCAAAAGCAAAGCGCGCGGCAAGAAAAUGCCAGCUGCUACGGCUUCUGCGGAAGUAAAUGAUGUACAGGAAGCUGAUGUUGUUGCAAAAAAGUCGGCGGUGCGGGCCAGAAGAAAGCCCGCCGAAAAGGUAGAAGUCAUUGUGGAAGACUCAGAGCCGCCUAAGCCAAGAGGUCGCGCCAAGAAAUUGGCUACAGAGGUCAGUGACGAACCCAAAACUAAAGCAGCAAAGCCACGCUCCAAAAAGUCGGCGGUGCAGGAAGACACAGGUGUGGAAGACACAGAGCCGCCUAAGCCAAGAGGUCGCGCUAAGAAAUUGGCUACAGAGGUCACUGACGAACCCAAAACUAAAGCAACAAAGCCACGCUCGAAAAAAGAGAAACCCUCAGCACUGGAAGAGCCUGAAGUAACAAAAGGACGCGCCAAGAAAGAAAAAACAUCCCUAAACGAGGAGGCCGCUAUCACUGUCGCGCCGACCAAGGAGGCAGACUCAAAAGCGCGCGGACGCAAAAAGGAGCCAGAGAAAAAAACAGUUACCGAAUCAGCCGAACAAGCCGAGUCAGUGAAGGGACGUGCUAAAAAGGAAUUGAUUGCGCCUGAGACCAAGGGCAGGGCUAAAAAGGCCGAUGCAGUCGCAGCAGAAGAAUCGACAAUAAAAACAGCAACAACAAAAGGUGCACGCGUUACGAAGCGUUUGGCAGACACAGAAAUCGCCGAGGUGCUAGAGGCAGAGGAGGAUCCAGAGCCAGAACCAGAACCAGAACCGGAAACACAGCUAGUAAACAAGAAGCGCCCCAAGCAAGCAAAGAGCAACAAUGAAAAUGUUGAGGUUCCGGCCAAAAAACCCCGCAGGAAAGCGGCCACAAAUGAUCCACAGCAGGAUCUGCCAAGUGUGGAGAUGCCAGCCACUAGCAAAAAGCGUACGCAAAAGAAAGUCAACGACGAUAUAGAGCUGGAGGAACUUAAAGUGCCAGAGAGCAAACCAGCACGCGGCCGAAAACGACCAGCUGCAGGCGCCGAAGAGAAUGCGAAUGCCAUUUCAAUCGACGCAGCUGACGGCUCGAGAACGUCCAAGGCCAAAAAGCCAGCAACACAAAAGGUGGAGGCAGCGGCUGCUGGAAUCUAUGAAAAAAGUCUAUUCACUUCGCCAACGGACAAGCCAUUCAACUUGAAAAUCUCUAGCUGGAAUGUGGCUGGUUUGCGCGCCUGGUUGAAGAAAGAUGGUCUAAAGUUUGUGGACUUUGAAGAGCCUGAUAUAUUUUGCUUACAGGAAACCAAAUGCGUCAACGAUCAGCUGCCCGAUGAGAUGACGCGUCUUCCCGGAUACCAUCCAUACUGGCUGUGCAUGCCCGGCGGUUAUGCGGGCGUGGCCAUCUACAGUAAAAUAAUGCCAAUAAAUGUGGAAUAUGGCAUUGGCAAUCCGGAGUUUGAUGAUGUAGGACGGAUGAUCACCGCCGAGUAUGAGAAAUUCUAUUUGAUCAAUGUGUAUGUACCGAAUUCGGGUCGCAAGCUGGUUAAUUUGGAGAUGCGCAUGCGCUGGGAGCAACUAUUCCAGGCGUAUGUACAAAAAUUGGAUGCACUGAAGCCCGUUGUCAUUUGUGGCGACAUGAAUGUUUCGCAUACAGAGAUUGAUUUGGCUAAUCCCAAAAAUAACACACGUAACGCUGGAUUCACCAAGGAGGAGCGUGAAAAGAUGACUGAUUUGCUGGCCCUUGGCUAUGUGGAUACCUACAGGCAUUUGUACCCGGAGCGCACCGGUGCGUACACCUUCUGGACCUACAUGUCCAAUGCGCGUGCCCGAAACGUUGGCUGGCGUUUGGAUUACUGCCUUGUGUCGGAGCGUUUCGUAUCGCGCAUCGUGGACAAUGUGAUGCGCAGCCAUUGCCUGGGCAGCGAUCAUUGCCCCAUAACUGUCUUUCUAAAUGUUUAAGCAUCAACACAUGCAUAACUACAUGCAUAUAUCAUAUUAUAUUUUUCAAUUGAGUUUAUUUUUUCUUUUCCCAAUGUCUUAAAAUUAUGCCCCAUUGUUUGUGUUUGUAAUAGUUAUUUAUGAGCAAAUUUACGUGUGUCCUUGCUGGCGUUAAUCACGCACGUAUUGCUAUUCUUUUUUUUUUGUUAUAAUUGAAUAUUCAUUACUAAUAUUCCAUUUAUACCUAAAUGCCUAAACAUUCGAUUACAUUUUGUAUUUCAAUAAAGUAUAAU